AUGAAGAAUAUUCUGCAUGUAGAAGUCCCUUUAAAAACCGAAAAGUAUGUAUCUAUUUAAACAUAAUUUAAGUAUUCAAAUACAUUUUAUCAAUGAUAUUGUAACUAAGUUAUAACUUUAUUUUAGGGUGCAUAAUAAUUUACGCAAAUAAAAUUAUUUUAUUUAAACCAAAUUUACUACCUAUGUUUAUAAUUAAGAAUUUAUGAAGCUACUAACAUAUUUACUUGUAUUUUCUCCUUCAUUAAUUUGUAUAAUUCAAUUACUUUAUUUAGAGCAAGUAACAUUUCUGAUUUGGAGAAAACAAUUCAACUUGAAUUAAAAAACAUUAAACCAAUUUUUCUGGAAUCUAUACAUACUAAAUUUGUUACUGAAGGAUUAACAGAGUACAUAAAACAUAUAGAAAUUUGUGAAAUUGAAAAUGUACAAGAUGAUAAUAAUAUAAAAAAAAAAUUGGAGGUAUGAUUUUUUGAUAAAUAUUUUUUAUUCCGUGGUAAUGAAAAUUAAUUUACAGACAGCAGAUAUUUCAUUAGACUUAGAUGCAUAUGACAUAAAAAUCUAUUUUUAUAAAUUAGAUGAAAGUGGUUUAACAGAUGAUGUUACUGAUGAGUCUACUAGCAAAAUGAAACGUUGUAUACUACCCAAUGUAGAUUUUAACGGUAUUUGGGAAUCAUUGGUAUUUCAAGAGCCAAUAAAAGAAAUUGUAAUAAUAAUUAAUGUAUUUUAUAGUCUGUACUGUAUUUUUUAAUUUUUUUUUUAAAUAUUACCUAUUUUAGCUUUUACAGUAUGCACAAACUGGAAUGAAUUUUGCACGUCAUAAUGUUAAUCCAAACAUUAUUAGCUAUAAUAGAUUAAUUCUGUUGCAUGGUCCACCUGGUACUGGCAAAACAUCUAUUUGUAAGGCUCUUGCACAAAAGUUAUCAAUAAGAUUAGGCAAACAAUACAAUUUUUUUGAAUUUAUUGAAAUUAAUAGUCAUAAUUUGUUGUCCAAAUUUUUUUCAGAAGUAAGUAUUUUCCCUAAGAUUAAUAACUAUUAUAAUUGAACAUAAUUUCUAUUAAUCGAACCAAUAUUAUUAUAGAGUGGAUCAUUAAUUAUGUCCAUGUUCCAAAAAAUAAAAGAGGUAUUGGAGUAUGGUGAUUCAUUAGUGUUUAUAUUAAUUGAUGAAGUAGAAAGUUUAACACGGGCUCGAGAUGCUGUGUUGUCUGGUACUGAACCAUCUGACUCUAUAAGGGUUGUAAAUGCUGUUCUGACACAGCUUGACAAUUUAAGAAAGUAUACAUAAUUAUUUUUAGAUGUUAAAAUAAAUUAUUACCUGGUUAAUGUUUUUUUUUGUCAAGGUAUCCUAAUGUAAUAUUUCUAACAACAUCAAAUGUAACAGAAGCCAUUGAUUCUGCAUUCACAGAUAGAGCUGAUAUAAAAAUGCUCAUCAAUCCUCCUAAAGAAAUGGCUAUAUACACUAUACUCAAAACUGCUAUUGAGGAACUUAUCAAAGUAAAUAUUACUUAUAAAUGUAUUAUAUAUACAAGGUGUCUCGCGAAGAUUCAACAAAUUCAACUUUUGUUCUAUUCAAUAUUUUUAAUAUACAUUUUUUUUAGGGGGAGUAGGACUUAAAAUAAAACAUUUUACUAUAAAUUUUUAAAAAUUCAAAAUAGCCACUUUGUAAAAUAGAUUUUUAGAAAAUGUUUCGUAGUUGAAACUUUUGUUAAAGUAUGGUAUUUUAUUUUCUACGAUUUUUUGCAAAUUUAAAUAAUAUACUUUUCGAUUAUAACAAUAUUGUUUAUCAACAUAAAUUACCAUUAUUGAUUGAUUGAAACUACCUGUUCUAAUAACUAAUAAUAACUGAUAACUAAAUGGGUAUCACAAUAGGUAAUAUUUACAUUUGCAAAAACUUCAAAAUUUCAAAAAAUCUUAGAAAAUAAAAGACCAUACUUUAACAAAAGUUUCAUCUAUCAAAAAUUGUCUAAAAAUCUAUUUUACAUAAUGGUUAUUUUGAAUUUUUUUAAAAAAAUAAUAGUAAAAUUUGUAAUAAAAUUUAAAAUUUUUAUUUUAAGUCCCCCCUCUUUAAAAAAAAAUAUUCAUAUAAAAAAAAACUAGUGCUGAGGCAUACUAAUUAUUUAAAUAAAAUUUAUAUCAAAAUUAUUGAAUAGAACAAAAGUUAUUACAUUUGUCAAAUCUUCGUAGGACACUCUGUAUACAUAUAUUUUUUAACGUUUUAAAAUUAUUUGUUUUUAGGUAAAACUAAUUAUAAAUGUAGAAGAAAAUGACAAAUUUGAUCGUCCUUAUGAUUUAACUAAUUUAAAUAUUGAACAAAAUGAAGAUUUAAAUAUAACACAAAAAUUAUACAAAAUUUCUAAGUAAUAACUAAAAUAUCUUAUGAUGAUUAUGAUUAUAUGAUUUGAAAUGUGUAAUUGAAUUUGUUUAUUAAAUAUUUUAGAGAAAGUGUUGGAUUAAGUGGACGUGUUUUAAAAAAGAUAACUUUUAUAGCACAUUCCUUAUAUGUUAGAACACCACAGUGUAAUGGUGUUCAUCAGUUUUUGUCAGCUUUAAGUAAAGCAGUGAAGUAUCAAAAAACACAAGAUGCCAAUCUUAAUAAAAUAUGA